AUGGGAGAGAAAUUGGCCAAGUUGAGAUUGAGAAACCAGCCGGAGUUUGAUAAAAAAUUUACAGCUGCUGUCAAGGCACUGUCGGCAGCGAGGAGGAAGCUCCCAUCCAAGUCGGCAGCACGCACGAGCGUCACGGUGGAAAGCAGAGCAGGUAAGACCCACUUGACUGUUGCAAAUGUCGAUAUUCUACUCCGUACCCAGCCCAUCUCAAACAAGUACGGCCAUUGCCCCGACUAUCACCCACCUCGCAUCACAGAGGUCAAGCACUCAAACCCUCCAGAGCCGCGUCAUUUUAGUACACGACCAGAGGCAAUGACGGCUGAGGACAGCAUACAGGAUGUGUGUAUCGGCAAACCUCGGUGCAGGCUCUGCCAGUUCCUCGUCCAAGACGGCGAAAUAGUGGUCGCAGCUCUUGACGAUGACCAUGCAACUAGCCCAUUCCAAUUUCGGCGUUAUACUACUCACGAAGAUGAGACCGGGAUUUAUUUCCACAUGUGCUGCGACAGUCGUUGCAUGAGUAAAAGUCGCCGAGUUCCAUGUUUUCACCGCGACUGUUAUUCCGUCAAGCUGUUGCCCAUAUCCUCAAACUUCCUCGCUGCCACGGAUUAUGUGUUUAGUCCACCAAUCCGCUUCGAACUUGAACGGCAGCAACGCAUCAAACGGACCCUGGCGAGGAACCUGGGUCUUGGUUUCUUACGUCAGUUGCCACGGGAGCUCUGCUACAUGGUCGCAGGAUACCUUUACCGGCAAUGGGCCGCCAUCGCUGCCAAGACGUCGCGCGACACCUCUAUCCGUCCAAUUCCACGAUCCAUCUUACCCAGGAUGUUUACGCGACAUAUUCUGACGUUAGCUUAUCCUGUCUCCAACCUUGCAAUUACCUAUCCUAACAUCCUCCCAGGGCUUGAAAUCAGACGAGUCCUAGAUUCUACAGAUCCCCCUGUUUCAAGAAGCGACUCGCCCCUUGAUCAGGCGUGGCCUACACCAGGUCUAUCCUGUCGACUAAUAGAUCUGGACACGUGUGGCUCUGCUGAGGGACUACCAGAUAACUUGAGGAUGAGCUUUGUUGAUUGCAACACACCUGGGACAAACGGCUAUUCUGUCGCCAUCUCUGGAUUCCACAUUUUAAAGAUGUAUGCGCACAGCUUAGACACCACAACACAGUUCGAUCUCGACUUGGACUAUGAUGCAAGCGCCGUGUUGUGGAUGUAUAUGCCUAUCGACGCGGACGAAUACCUGGUACAGGUUUGGGCAGUCAAGCAUCCUGAGUCUGGCUUUCUAGGUUUUAUGCUUUAUCCAAGCCAGGGAAGAGCAGUCAUGUUCGGGAGUUACAACGUACAUCCUGGCCUCCGACUUCAGUUCCACCUCAUUUACAGAACAACGAAGAGCCCGUCGCGGAUAUACAUCAACGAUUGGGACCCGCUCUGCGACGAUAAAAGGAUCAAGUACUUCGGGAUCGAAAGCACGAACGAUGAAGACAGUGUACCCGAGAAUGUCGGCCAGCGUUAUGGGGAAACCUAUCAGCCGUCAAUGAGGCCUUCGUCAUCGCCGCCUUAUACCCAAUACAAUGAACUGUGGUACUAUACGAACUGUCGAUUGGAGAAUGUCGUGGGAAUUGCUUGCUGCAUUGACAAAGGUGUCUCACACAAGCCAAUCAUUGGCAUACUGAUUCAUUACGGUGACGGUCGUCGAGCCUGCGUAGGGCAGUAUCGCUUCGACUGGGCCCUUGAUCUCUUGGUAGUAGACACUUCAAGGCCACUGCGUAUUGGCUUGGGCAAAACACGGAAAAACUUGCCCGCCUACUUGCAAGACGGCGUCUUGGCUGGAUUUGCCCUGGCAUGGUAA